UCCAGGAUUGUUUGACAGUCAACAAUGAUCCAAAGAUGGCAAUACUUCAGGGGUUCAAAGGUUCUCCUCAGAGCUUGUAUAAAUCCUCUGUGUUUAUCUGCACAAAUACGCAGAACCAACACCAUGUCGAAGAACCCAGCAGCCCAGACACAGAGCACAUCUAGUGGUCAGCGAUGCCCUCAGGCCAAAGGCCUGGAGACCCUGGCUGCUCUGGUGCAGUCAGUAGAGGAAACCCCAGAUCCCAUUCCCACAACAAUCAAAGGAACCAUUCCAGAAUGGAUCAAUGGAAGCUUCUUGAGAAAUGGUCCUGGGAAAUUUGAAUUUGGAAAAGACAGAUACACUCAUUGGUUUGACGGCAUGGCCAUGAUGCACCGGUUCCACAUCAGUGAAGGCCAGGUCACCUACAGCAGCCGCUUUCUGCGCAGUGACUCGUACGUGCAGAACUCAGAGAAGAACCGUAUCGUGGUGUCAGAGUUUGGGACCAUGGCGAUGCCUGAUCCCUGCAAGAACAUCUUUGCCCGCUUCUUUUCACGCUUUCAGAUUCCAAAAGCCACAGAUAAUGCCAGCGUGAACUUUGUAAAGUACAAAGGAGACUAUUAUGUCAGUACAGAGACCAACUACAUGAGACGUGUAGAUCCUCAAAGUCUGGAGACAAAGGAGAAGGUGGACUGGACCCAAUACAUUGCUGUCAACUCAGCCACAGCUCAUCCACACUACGAUCGAGAGGGGGCCUCGUACAACAUGGGAAACUCCUACGGGAAAAAUGGCUUCUUUUACUCCAUCAUCCGUGUACCUCCACCUGAGGUCAAUGCGGUAAAGGCGGACAGCGCAGACCUAAGUGGAGCCAAGGUGAUCUGCUCCAUCCGUGCAGCAGAACCUAGAAAACCCUCAUACUAUCACAGCUUUGUCAUGUCAGAAAACUACAUCGUGUUCAUUGAGCAGCCAAUCAAGCUGGACCUGUUGAAGUUUAUGCUCUACAGAAUCCAGGGUAAGAGCUUCCAUAAGGUCAUGACAUGGGAGCCUCACUAUCAAACUGUUUUCCAUUUGGUCAAUAGGCACACCGGAGAAGAGAGUAAAGUGAAGUAUGUGGCAGCGCCAAUGUUCACGCUGCACCAGAUCAAUGCUUUUGAGGACAACGGUUUCCUGGUGAUGGACAUGUGCUGUGGAGACGACGGUGCGGUCAUCGGGGACUUUACGCUGGAAAACCUCCGCAGAGAGUCAGGGGAGGAGAUGGACGAGUUUUACAAUGGGCUGUGUCGAAACCUUCCACGGAGAUAUGUCCUUCCCCUGACCGUGGAUGAAAUGACUCCUCCGGACCAUAACCUUGUCACUCUGCCUAACUACACAGCAACAGCAAAGAAGACGAAACAAGGGGAGGUUUUCAUGACCCACGAGGAGCUGUACGAUGAUGAACUGAUGCAGUACGGCGGCCUCGAGUUCCCCCAGAUCAACUAUGACAAGCACAACGGCCGGCCGUACCGCUACUUCUAUUCCUGUGGCUUUGGCCACGUCUUCAGUGACUCUCUGCUCAAGAUGGAUGUUCAGACCAAAGAGCUCAAGGUGUGGCGGUAUCCCGGCUUGUUCCCGUCUGAGCCUGUCUUUGUUGCUUCGCCCAAAGCCACAGAGGAGGAUGAUGGAGUGGUUAUGUCAGUCAUCAUCACACCCAGAAAAGAGAAUAGUACAUUCUUGCUUGUUCUGGAUGCCAAGACCUUCACAGAACUGGGCAGAGCUGAAGUCCCUGUCAAUAUCCCAUAUGGGACCCAUGGUGUGUUUAACGAGAUGGGCUAGGACUGAUGGUGUUUGCAACUCUGGGGCAAAUUGCUGAAACCCGAUCAGUGACCAGCCACUUUAUCCACAAAACAGAAUAUCUCUGUCUGUGUCACACAGAAAGGGUUGAGCAGAAGCCGCAGAUUCAAACUAUUUAUCUGUGCCUUCUUGAUGAGAACAGGUGCAUGUCUUCACUGUGUGCUGCCAUUACUGUGAGAAAAACACCAAUCUUUUGGAGCCUAACAAGACUAAAAGCCCAGCAUGGCAGUAGUUUACUGAAAAAAAAGUUUGUCCUCUGUGUGUAUGAUUCUGUAACACCAGAUGCUUUGAAGGACAUGUACUUAAUGUGGAAAACAUUUAGAAAAGAUUACAUGAAAAUCGAUACACACAUUAAAAUAAAAUCCAUUUCUCUUUUUUUCUGUUUAAACCUGAAGUGUUUCUGGAUCAUCACACCACUAGAAACACUAUCCUCCCAGGGAGGACAUAAUAGCACUUAGUAUACAUAAAAAUGCAUCAGAGGAAAUUCAAUUUCUGUCAAAGUAAUGUGAUAGAAAUGGACAUUGUCUGUGAUGCCCCGGCAAACAAAUGGAUCUAACGGGUCAAUAGCCACCAGCAAGUCUGGCAGAGGUCAUAUCAGAAAUGUCCUGUUUUCUAAAUAAAGCAUGAAAAUGACCCAUAACAAAGUUUACCACUGUAAUAUUCUCACUUUGGACCUCGUGUUGGCUCAGAAAAAUAUGAUGUGGAGUAUGUGUGAAAAACCAACAACAGCAACUAUUACUUCACUACCACAUAAAUGGUUGCUACUCAAGGUUACUGCAUACUGUAAUUAGAAAAAAUUAGAAUAUUUGACCGACUUGUUGUUUAUAGAGCCAUACUUUUAUCAUAAAGAUUGAAAAAGGAACACUGUCCCCUGGCUGAAAAGGUUAAGUAAUGCUUAACCAGGUAUGUACGUGGAGUGACCACAAUAUCAUGGGGGGAAGGUUGCUAUAGAGCAGGGGUGCCCAAUAAGUAGAUCUCAAAGGUCUAUGGUAGAUCUUGCGCAAUUACAUCUAAAGAAACAAAACAUUUUUAAAAAAUUAUAGAUUUAAUUCUAUUUUAAGAUGCUAAGUGGUGUAUACUUGUUACGACAGUGUGAUGUCACAUGACACUGGUGUAAAGUGUUGGCAGUUAUGGUUAUGGGAAAAUAAAGUACACAAUGAAGGACUUUA